UUGAGUUUGACAGUUAUAUUCAGACGGACCAUCGUUUAGGCACCGAUUGAUCUCAAACGAGAGUGGAAUUUUAAAAUUCUUAUUAAAACAAAGAAGUGAAUUAGUAUUCGUCCUUGCCAAUAAGAAAAGCGAUUCAGUGUGGCUUUAGUAACAAAUUGAAUAGUUGUUAAAUUCUUGUAUUACGACUUCUUAGCCUUUCCGUGAAACCUUUUCUAACAUUGUUUUACGGUAUACACCACCAAAGUACACGAAAAGAAGGGAUUUGUUUUGAAAUCAUACACGGGUAUUAAAUGUUUAUCAGUUUAUAUAGCAAGGGUGUUCUAUGUUUUGCGUAGAUGUUGCGUUGAAUCGAUAUUGUAUAGUGAUACAUAUUGUUGUCAAAUGAGUACGCAUAUUUUGUGAUCUAUUGACACCCAAAAACCUAAUGGGUUCGACUUUCUGAUAUUUAGCAUCUAUCUUCGACAGUUUAUUUAAAUAAGCAAAAUAAAAUGGGCAAGUUCUCGGGGAAGAAAUGUCGGCUGCUAUCCAUGUUAUGGCUAACAGGCACAUUCUUUGUUGUGGAAUUGAUAGUUGGCUAUGUGACCAAUUCUAUGGCCCUUGUAGCCGACUCCUUUCACAUGCUGAGUGACGUUGCCGCACUUGUAAUUGCAUUCUUAUCAGUUAAGAUGUCACCAAAGAAAUGGUCAAAGAAUACAUUCGGAUGGGCGCGGGCAGAAGUUCUGGGAGCGUUAGUGAAUGCGGUCUUCCUCGUGGCGUUGUGCUUUAGUAUAACAGUUGAGGCCGUCCAGAGGUUCAUUAAGAUAGAGACGAUACACAACGCGAAACUGCUGGUGGCCGUCGGUACCCUCGGAUUGAUACUGAACAUCGUUGGAUUGUUUUUAUUCCACGAACAUGGUAGCAGUCACGGUCACACACACGGAGGUGUUCCACCACCAGCAAAUGUCCGGCAUCUCACGGAGUUAGUGAACAGUAACGCAGAUAUGGCGUUAGGCCACGCUGCCACUGACACGGAAGAAACCGAUGAGAUGGUACCACCAAAGAUAGAUAAGAUGCCGAGCAAGCAAGCACCGCGGCCGACCUCUGAUCCAGGACAUUUGAACAUGAAGGGUGUUUUUCUGCACGUCCUUUCCGACGCAUUAGGUUCGCUGAUAGUAGUUAGCUCGGCGCUUGUGGUGUGGCUCACUAACUGGGAGUACAAGUACUACAUCGAUCCGGCUCUCAGUAUAGUUCUAGUCAUAUUGAUACUUGCCUCCGUGUGGCCCCUCCUGAGGGAAUCCGCCCUCAUCCUCUUGCAGACUGUCCCGACGCACAUACAGGUUGACGCGAUACAAAGACGUCUCCUAGAGAAGGUGGAUGGCGUGCUAGCAGUCCACGAGUUCCACGUGUGGCAGCUCGCCGGUGACAGGAUCAUUGCGAGUGCUCAUAUUAGGUGUAGAAAUUUAUCGGAGUACAUGAAGAUAGCGGAAAAAGUUAAGGAAUUCUUUCACAACGAAGGGAUACACUCGACGACCAUACAGCCGGAAUUCGUGGAACUGCCUCUAGACGGCAAUGAGGUAAUGAGCGGCGCGUCUGCAGAAGCCCCGUGCGCACUACACUGUCCGCCGAACGACCUCUGUCACAACGCGACGUGCUGCGGACCCAACCAGCAGAAACAGAGCACACCGUCUCCAGCGGUCACCCCUUAUUUAUGCAGACAAAGGAACAUGGGCUCGCGAACGGAGUCCGUUAGUUCGAACAUCGGAACUGGCGGUCAAGGAAAUGCCACCACGAGGAAUCUGGAUGCGUUAGAGUGCGGGUCCCUUCUCCCAUCUCCGAUGCUAGACGGGCGUCUGGCUGUGUGACAUGCAGCCGCAUAGUGCCCCCACAACACAUUACACAUUAGCUGUGCAAUUCAAACCUAUACAAAUAAAAUCACUCACAUAAAUAGUUAAUUAUUUUUAAUGAAUGAAAUGAAUGAAACACAUGUUGGCAACGAGUGAAAAAUUUAAAAUAAUUUUCAUUAAAAAUAUAUAUAUUUAUACGUAUGAUUGUGUAAUAAUAUUUGUUUUUAAUUUAUGUGAAAAAUGUUUAUACCUUACAGAUAAUUUCAACUUUGGUAUUCUGAUAUUACAUAUAAAAACUCCUAAUUGAGGACUGCUUUAACAUACUAUAAAAUAAUUGAUAAAUGAAAAAUGAAACGUCCAUAAGUGAAUCUUUCUUUUUUUGAUCGUGAAAUAUAGACCUAAAUUUUUAAAAUGACGGAAUUUUGGACAAAUGUACAAAAUUUUCAUCCUUCGAGCCUCCAGCACAAAUAGUAUUAACUAACAUUUAAAAUACAUAAUAAUUGUUUUCUUAGUAUCAAAAUUACUUACGCGUGGUCUUACUAUUUUUCUCUUUUUCGUUCCGAAAUAUCCUUAUGGACUUUCAUUCUUUAUUAGAAUCAUUUUACUAAAUUAAGAUUUCAAAAAAAAAAAAACAAUGUGUUCGUAGACAUAAGCAUUUCACGUCUGUGUGUUAGGUAAUGUACCAAAUCAUGAAGUUGGUUCUAUAUUUAAAAAAAAAAUCCUUUUACGGUAAUAGUGAUGAAUUGUGUUAAUAUAAUUUAUAGUCUACAAGACAAGUAUGUCAGGGUUGAUAGCUUAUAAGCGAUAUAUUAUAAACGAUUAGGCAUAGUUUAAGCGAAUCACACUUGAUGCUUUAUUUUUCUUCUUUUUUCUUUUUUCUAUACAGCCUAAUCCUUUAUAUUAUUACGCCUAGUAAAUACAAAUACUAUAAAAACUUAUCUGUCCUGUUUUCUGUUUUUAAUUUACAAAAUAUAAUUUUAAUUAAAAAAUAGUACAAAAGUACAAUUAACAUGUUUCCUUUUUUAAAUAUGCAUGUAAUAUGUAUAUAAUCUGAUUUAAUGUUACACAAUAUACAAUCUAUUCUUAUGUUUAAUAUAAGCCUUUGCACUUUAUAAACUGGCAUUAGGUUUCGUAGUGAUAAAUAAGGGAUUUUUUGUACAAAAGCAUAAAAGAAAAAUCGACGUCCAAGAAAUCACAGGUAUGUGAUUAUAGGCAUAUAUACAUCACAUACCUAUGCCUAUCAAAACACGAUAAACGAAAAAAAAAAAUCGAACACAAUAUUUAACAUGACGUUCGUUUACACGUUUUAAUUACGUUCGCGUUAUUUGAAUCCAAGGACAAAAGUCAUUGACCUGACAUGAAUUCAGUUCCCAAUGUGCGUCUUGACACAUUGAUAUGAUUAUAUCUUAUCUAACGUGAUCUAUUCACGAGCGUCGUCGACUUUAAACAAUCAAUGUAAUAACUUAUUUGCAGUAUUAUUAGGCCGAACGAUGAAACAUAUUUAAAAAAAGAAUGUAUCGUGUUGAUUUUUUUUCAAGUAGGCGUGAGUCGUGACCAAGUCGAAAUAAGAAAUAUUAUUGAAAAUUAUUCGAAUUGUUUUGGCACCGAUUUAAAUGAAAAGAAAGAAGUAAAUACAUGCUGUAUUGUUGUACAAGCUACUUAGUGUCGUAAUAAAUACGAAAAAACGUACCGUACGAUAUAACAUUGGCCCUGAGAUUUUUUUUUUUUUUUAAUAUUCGGUGUAGAUUGGUCUAUCGCGCCCACUAUACAUCCAUCUGUAUUUUACAAUGUUUUAUGUUAUUUUAAAUUUUUUAGGGAGUUAAAAUUAGCAUGGAAACUAAAUAAUACGUAUAAGCUAAAAAGUAAAGCAAAUUCUAAAUAUUUAAUAUGAUGCUAAACUAUUAAUAUGAAUUAAAUGAUAAAUUAUUAACUGUCAUUCAAUAUACAUAAUUGUUUAAUGCAUACACCAAAUACAAUCUACCUUCACGAUCGAGCAAUAAUUUAGCAAUUUAUAGUAUAAAUAAUUUAAUAACAAACAGCCAAAAUAUUUGAAUAGUACUACUCCUACGGUUUAAAUGUAAAUCUUUGUUCGUAUUUAAACACUAUAUUGAUGUGUCGUCAUCGUAAUUUAAGCAAAAUCAUUUAUUAAAUCAACUCUUAAGUUUUCUAUAAGCAUUAUGAAUAAUACUGGCUACCGAUAAAUAUGUUUAACAAAAAGUUUUAGUUUAUUUAAAAUAACCACGCGUAUAUAGAGCGGAUCGAGCUUUGUAUUAUAUAAACCUUAGGAAUAGCAAUCACACCAAAUAUAGUGUGCAUUUUUAUAUGAAAAUAAUAUUUCUUUAUUCACAUUGAAAAAAACUCACCGUGAUAUAGCAUUACAUUUUUCUUACUUAAAAUUGUGAUGGCGAUUCCUAGAUUUAAGUAGCAAUGGAUGACUAGAGUUUUUGUGUAUCAGUUUGAGGUAUGUGCGGGUAAUUUUGAAUUAGAUUAUCACAAAUUAAAUGCACGAAGUGUUGUAAUUUAAGCCACAAAGGUUUAGAAAUUUCUAAAUACUGCUGACUGAAUAAGUCUAAGGCGGGUAAAAAUUAAUGACAAUUAUAUACGAUUCAAAAUUCGAUCGUAUGCAUUUUGUGAUGUCAAAAAAACAUGAAGACGGACUUUAUUAUUUUUUUCUUUACGCAGCACAAACUUGAUCGUGCCUGCCUAAUAUUGUUUCAAUAUUUUUUUAUUUGUGUUUGUACGACGCAUGUGUUGCAUGUACGAUUUUUGCCUUUAUUUAACUCUUGCAAUUAUUAGUGGGCAUUUUUAUCUUUCAUAGUAGCUUAUAUAUUUAUAAAAUUAUACUAGGAAACAACAUUAUUAUUUUUAUCACACUUCUUAAGUUAAUUUGUGAUUCAGUCGAAAUAAUUAUUAUUAUAACAGUGAUAAUGUUAUUUUUAUUUGACUGUAUUUCUCUGAAGGUAACCCGUAGAGGCUCUUAGGUCUUCUUUAUUUGUUGCAAAAGCAAUAUCUUAGAAAUAUAAAUUGUUUGGAAUUAUUUAAUAAAUAGUAUAUUUAUUAUUGAAAAUAUAUUUAAAACAUAAUUUAAAAGUGGCUUACUAAUUAUAAAUUAAUAAAAAUGUAAUACGCUAGAAAAUGUUAAACCACAUUUGUACCUCUUGAUAAUAUUUUUUGUUUUUAAUAAAUUGCACAACUGUACGUGUGUUCGGCUAUUGUAAUAAACAAAUGAAUUUUGAAAUAAUCAACAAAGAAAUAAUUAAUAAAAUGUCAAUAUAUUUUAUACUUUUAUCAAAUUGAAAUAAGAAUCGCUUUAUUUAUAAGAAUUUUGUUAAUUAUAAUAUUUGGUAUUACGUUUUGGACUUGUGUAAAAGGAAAGAAUCGUUUUCCUUUAACAAAAAAAUAAUUUCUUAACAAAAUUUCCAUCCAAUUUGUCUAAAGAUGAUUUAAAAGCAAUGUCUUAUUAAAUUAGAUUGUUAGAGUUAUUAAGGUUAUUAGAUGUUACAUAUUAAUAAAUAGCUGUAAUACUUAUUAAUAUGUACAAUAAAUUAUUAUUACUACUGACUAAUGACUAAUUGUCAUUGCUCAAUAUAUAAAGUGUACCUUCGUUUGUAUUUAUGUACAAAUUGUAAAUUAUUGUACAUACAGGCACAGCCUUUAUGUAAUUAAAGUAUUAUUUUCACCUGUUUAAUGAAUUUAAUAUUCAUUGAUUAUCAUUUAAAUAUAUUAUGCGACAUGACAUUUGUUGUUCCAUAGACAAAUAUUGACAUUUUGUUGGCUAUUAAUAAACUAUUUGGAAUAUGAAAUUUAAGAUUAUUUCUUUUUGAAUGUAAAGUAUUUUAUGGUUUCGUAAGUGGAAAUAUAUCAUUGUUUUAAAUAUUAAACGGGUGAAUAUAUUGCGUUAUUUAUAAUAAAAUAUUAUGAUAAUAUGAUGAGAUGUUGAUCUUGGCUUGAAUGUUAGUGCAACGUGAAAAUGUUUUCACAGUUAAUAAAAAUAUAUAAUAAAAAAAA